AGCAUGCAAACUUCAAAACUUAUUCGUCCAGCCAUAACCUGAGGGCCCACCCCUCCCCUUGCUGCUGAUAUCGAUCACUACACGUGUGAUUUGUAGUAGGAAGUGAGCUCGGAGCUGGAGACAGAUCUCAAAAACACUUUAACAGCCGAUUUACUGUGUUACAGCCAACGUCAACGAUAUGCCACUUCGGAUAGUAAUGCAGGGUCCCGGACCCUGGGGAUUCAGGCUGGUUGGAGGAAAGGACUUCGAGCAGCCACUGGCUAUUUCCCGGGUCACCCCUGGGAGUAAAGCUGCUCAGGCCAACCUGUGUAUUGGCGACAUAAUCUUGGCUAUUGAUGGAGAAACAACAGAGAGCAUGACUCACUCGGAAGCGCAGAACAAGAUCAAGGGGUGCAUAGAGGAGAUGGUGCUCUCCAUCGACAGGUCAGAAAGUAAAAUGUGGUCACCACUUUCAUCUGAGGAAGGGCGGUCACAUCCUUUUAAGAUGAAUCUUGCAUCACAGCCUCAGGAGGUGAAACACAUAGGCUCCACCCACAACAGAAGUGCUCUGCCGUUCUCUGCCUUCGGCUCCAAAGUCGUGACUAACCAGUACAACAGCCCCUCAGGUCUCUACUCCUCAGAGAACAUCAAGGACUUCAAUUCAGCUCUGGACGAUGUCAAAACCAUGGCUGCAGCUCCCAAACCGGACACCAAAGCUCCAUCAGAUGCAUCACAGACAAGCAGGCGGCCGCUUGUAGCAGAAGACUCAGAGGUUUACAAGAUGCUCCAGGAGAACCAAGAGUCUGAUGAGCCUCCUCGACAGUCUGCUUCAUUCAAUGUUCUUCAGGAAAUUCUUGAGACAGGUAACUCUGAUAAACCAUCAGGGUUCAGGAGCGUCAAAGCCCCUUCAACAAAGAUUGGGUCAUCUGUGGGAAACGCAGAUACACUACCCACCUGUGACAAAUGUGGAUCUGGAAUUGUGGGGGCGCUGGUGAAGGUGAGAGACAAGUUCCGCCACCCUGAGUGCUACACCUGUACAGACUGCAACAUCAACCUGAAACAGAAGGGAUAUUUCUUUGUGGAGGACCAGAUUUAUUGUGAGAAGCAUGCACGUGAGCGGAUGACUCCACCUGAGGGCUAUGACGUGGUCACCGUCUUUCCCAAAUAGAGCGAUAGCUGCACUUGGCCUCCGGACACUGACCUAACCUGAGACAUCUUAACCUUCAGCUUUUAUGCUUAGAAACAUGGUCUUCUCUAGUAUUUCGCUUCAAAGCAGUCAUAUGUAUGCAGAACAGUUAUGAACUCCCUCUUUUAAAAUGUUAAACUGCACAUUAGCUUUAGGAACAGUAAAAGAAAAUCUUACAAUAAGAUGGCAAGCUUUUUCCCACAAGGCUAGUUUCUGUCGAUGCUACAGUAGUCAUGUGAUUUAUCUUUGUACAAGUUCCCUUUUUUUCCUUUGAAUGAUGAAAAACAAGACAGAUUACUUCUUAUUCCAGAAAUAAAAAUCUAUCAUGCCUGCUUCCGUGUAACAGAAAGCCAACUUUUGACUAUUGUUACCUGGUAAUAAAUAUUUUAGCUUUAACAAAUGUCA